UGUGUGGGGUUUGUUUGCUCUGGCGCCCCGGGAUCGUGUAGCACUGAGCGCAAUAGGCUCUAGUCAACGACGUACUGCCAAGGGCUGGGGCUCCUCCACUUCGUCCCCAGUUCUGUGAGUUUGGAGCUUCUCUCUCCAGGGCAGGCGGUUUGCAGAGGUCAGCAUCUGCAGCAGUUUAUUUAACCUCUGAAAUGCCAGCUAUGUCAAGAAUUGUGCAUGAUGUCAAAGGUAGCUCCUCAACGGCCAAGGAGGAUGCCAAGCCAGAGAAGAACUUUUUGGCCUACUCUAACUUGGAGGCAAAAGAUCGCAGAGCAUUGGCCAUCCUGCACUACCCAGGGAUAGCCACCAGUGGAGGUCCUGUCACUUCUUCAGGUUCUCCAUCUCCAUCACUGAUAAGUUCUGGCACCAACUUUCCCAAUAAAAACCAACCCUUCAACCUGCUCCCUUCCCCUCACUUGCUGGCCAGUAUGCAACUGCAGAAGUUUAAUAAUCAAUAUCAUGGAGUGACUAUCACCACUCCAGAUCAACCUGAGGAGGAAGAGUCCCUGAGGGGCAUUGGGGAUCAAGCUGAUGGAGCAGGAUCACUCCUUCCUGAUGAUGCCCCAAGCACUGCCAUCAUUGAUUCAGACCCAGUGGAUGAGGAGGUGCUGAUGUCACUGGUGGUGGAACUGGGACUGGACCAAGCCAAUGAGCUUCCAGAGCUGUGGCUGGGUCAAAAUGAGUUUGACUUUACUACAGACUUUCCAUCCUGCUGCUAAUGACAAUUGCUCCUAAGUAGAGAGGAAUAAAAUCAUCCAUACUGAUGAUGUAAAUAAAAAUAAAAGUUAUGCAAAUAAAUGGGCCAA